AAACUCUGGGAUUUCCCACAAAAUCGAAAAUAAAUAUCUCAGAUCAAAACGAAAACAAAGCAGUUGGAUCGAUACAUUUGAAGCUGCAAUUCAAUAUGGUUUCUAAUAAGCAAGAAGAUGAAUUUGUACUGCUAGAGCAGUACGGCAGACCGCAAAUACACCAAGCAGGUUUUGAUGGCGAGCGAAAUCUCUCUAUCAAUUGUUAUGAACUUCGCUACUUGAGGAGAUACUUGCUGCUGGUGGGGCAAUGGUAUCCUAAGGAAUGGAAUUCCACAAAAAGAGCUUUUUAUCACGUCUGGCAGUUUUGUGUGAUUUUGGGAGUCUGGGCUCACUUCGCCUAUUCUUUGGGCUGUUUUGGCGACUUGACCUUGACCCAUCAAUACUUCAAAUGGUUUCCAGUAAAUGCAAUCGAAGCGGUGGUAUGGGAAUCGCGUUGGGUGAUAUCGCACCAUCUGGGUCUCUAUUACUUUUGUGUUUCCCGUCAUAUGGAGAAUUUCCUGCAAGACUCCUCCUUAAACCAAGCGUUAUGGAAAGAAACAUCGCGAUACCUAAAACGAAUUUGCCUGGCUGUGAUCGUAUUGAUCUUCAUCAUUCCAGUAAUUUUGCGCCCAGUCGAGCUGAGUUACUCACUUGCCUCAGAAGAUAUAUGGAUGAUAGUUAUGGAUACAGUUUAUCUUGCAGUAGAUCGCCUCGUGACAGCUCCAAUAUUUUUUGUCUUUGUUUUCGAAGCAUACGUUCUUGUACGGGUCGUGAAAGGGUAUGGAGAACGUAUCACAAUUUGGCCUAAGGAUUACAAGAACACUCCUGGUUCGGGCAUGCACGCUGCGAAGCAACAUUUCGUCAAAAUCAACUCUUUGAUUUCUUCAGUUGGGAGUAAUUUUCAGACAUAUUUGGCGCUUCAUUUCUUGUUUCUUCUCAUCACCGCUUUUCUUGGUGUCUUUGCUUGCGCCGAACAACUUGAAACAAAAGUAACUCAAAAUCGCACAUAUUUCAGAGCUGACACCCCAAGAUAUUACAAACGGAUAAAAAUCACACCAUCCAUAAUCAAGCCACUGGUGAAGAAGAUCAAAUUGGUACCGAUAAACUCAAGCGAACCAUAUUUGCAGAAACUGUUAACCGAAAAAGCAGCAACGAAAAAUACAAUUUCAAAGGGUAUCCUUGUAAAUGUGACUCUGAAAGAGGAAAUCACGGAGACAGACACGGAAGCAAGUCGGAAACAGAUUUUGAUUGAAGUCGGUAUAGAGGCCAUCUUGAAAAUCCUGGAGUCUAUAGUGAUGUACAUGAUACCGCUAACACUGAUGUUACGUUUACAAACAAAGUUAAGCAUUGUUCGACAAACGAUAUUGUACUCGGAUUGUUUUGAACAACAAGAAAAUGCUUAUUUGUUCCAAGAUGAUGAAGCUAUCAGAAUAAUGGCGGAAUUUAUUGAAACAUGUAAAGGUAUUACCAUAUUUGGUUAUAAAAUGCCAUUGUUUAGAGCAUUCUUGCUGUCUGUUUUGGCUCCGUUUUUGACUGCAUUGACCACUUUCUUGUUCUCCUACAUUCACGUUAAAAGAAGGUAAAAGGUCGCGGCAAUUAUGCAUGAAAGGCACAAAAAAACUCGAUUGUUUUAUUCAGUCUUUUUGAUAUUCCAUUAAAGACAAUUUCGUACCUGAAGAAGUUAGAAGUUAGAUGGCUAUCAUGCAUCAAUUACGCGAAUGUAUAAAUAAGUAAAAUUAAAGUAGCAAAUUUUGAAAAAUCCUGUUUGCAGUAUUUGAUAAGUUGCAUUUAAUGAAU